AUGGACACUGCCAUUAAUCUUUCCGAUGCCUCCAAGGCAUUGGACCUUGCUAACAUCCGCUUCCAGCUCAUCCGUUUGGAGGACACAAUCACCUUUCAUUUGAUCGAACGAGUCCAAUUCCCCCUCAACAAGACGAUAUAUACCCCCGGUGGCGUCAAGAUUCCCAACUGCGAUCUGAGCCUAUCGGACUACCUCCUCCGCGAGCAGGAGCGCCUCCAAUCGCGCGUGCGCCGCUAUGAAUCGCCCGACGAGUACCCCUUCUUCCCCGAUGUGCUCGAGAAGCCUGUUCUCGCGCCCUUGCAGUACCCGCACAUUCUGCACAAGAAUGACGUGAACGUCAACGAUACAAUCAAGGCCCGGUACAUCAACGAGAUUUUGCCGGCAGUUUGCCCGCAUCUCGGUCGUGAAGACCGAGGCGAGGCACAGGAGAAUUAUGGAUCUGCUGCAACCUGUGAUGUUGCGUGUUUGCAGGCGCUGUCGCGACGAAUCCAUUUUGGAAUGUUCGUUGCAGAGUCGAAGUUCCAGAAGGAUCCAGAGACCUUUGUGCGCUUGAUCAAGGCGGAAGAUCGCGAGGGUAUUGACGUUGCAAUCACUGAUGCCAAGGUUGAGCAGAAAGUGCUUGAGCGGCUGGGACUUAAGGCGAAGACCUACGGAACCGAUCCCGCUUUCCCUGAGGAGAAGGGUCAGAAGAUCAAUAUUGAUGCCGUGGUUGCUAUGUACAAGGAGUGUGUCAUCCCACUCACCAAGGUUGUUGAAGUUGAGUACCUCAUGCAACGCCUUAAGGGAACUCAAUGGGAGUAG